AUGCAUGAACCUAUUGUAAUUAUUUUCUCAUCUCAAUACACUGAGGCUGAGAAAGUGGUUCACAACGUGAAACCUAAUGAUGAUGAUGUAAUGGUGUCAUUUGUUGAUCUUCAAUUUGAUUAUGAGGAGGAGAAUAUUCCUGAUGACUUAAUAAUGUCAGGUAAACAGUUCAAGAUCCUUAACUCGAAAAUCAAUUCUCUUCUUCAGAUACAAGCUGAUACUGGAGGAAAGUACUUUGUGGCUGAAUUUGAAAUGGAAUAUUUGAUGAAAGCUCCAGAAACUCGCUUACGAAACUUGAUUGAGGGUAUUGAGUAG